GUUUUGAGGCUUCGCGGAGGGUGGACUUGUAAUAUUUUCAAGCAAACCCCAGAUCACCCGAUGAGUUACACGAUGUUACUGCACAGAUCAGCCAUUCUGUUAUGCUGCGCAAUACUAACCAUUAAUCAGCAAGUGGGGGCUGUGGAAGUGGCCACCUUUACUCGCCAAUGGUCGACGAACUUCACGUACAAACCCGAAGUAGUUCAAGUGCAAGAUGACGUCUACCUCGUCAGCCUACAGAACUACACGGUCAACAUAACCUCAAUCAACUCCAGCAUCCCUAGCCUGGCUUGCAAGGUUCCAGUGAACAGUGAAAAAACGAUUAGCAGCAAAAUUACUCCAGUGGCUCUGGGUAACGGCAAAAUUCUAAUACGUGGGUCAAUGACCACCACCAAGAUCGAUAACCCCAACAAGGUCAGACCGGUUGAUCAGCUGUUUGUUAUUGUUGACCCUCGUGACUGUUCCACUAUCAAGAUCGUCGCACAGUUUCCCUCCCAUCCUCGCUAUUUCGAAGCCGUGGUACCUUACGAAAAUACCUUUGAUCUUUUUUACUCGAACUCAAGUAAUAAGACAGAAGACACUACCACUGUUCCAAAACGCUACGAUGACAACGGAGAAGCCAUCCCGCUGGACUACUCCUUAGCUCCAGAGAAAGAUAUUCGCGGUCUGGUGAUUCAUUUACUCAAACCGUACCACCAAUCUGGAGGCUUCUUUGCCGCCUUCGUUCAGGACGACGGUUUGGUAGGUUUGAAACUGCUCGAUUCCCACAUGAAGGUUCUCAAAGAGUCGGUAUCAGAAAACGCGGUUGAUUACAUCUCCACACUUCACGACCACGUCACGUAUUGCUACGUAACACCUUCCCUCUUACGACGACACAAUGCUGUAAGAAGACAACAAAUUUUCUGCGAGCUUUUGAAUAGCGAUCUCAAACCCAAGGCCACAAUCAAGCUGUAUGAUCCUGAAGGUGUGUACGUAGUCGAUGCAGAGGUGGUCAACCUGCCGGAUGGUGGCGCCGUUGUCGUUUUGGCCCACAAGCAUAAGAACCCACAGUCGGAACAAAAUGAGCAGCCGGUGGAUUUCUAUCUGCAGCGCAUCAAUCCCGACGGAACUACUCGAGAAGCUGUUAAAAUAGGAACAUAUCCGACUUACUACUUUAUGAUGCGUGGAGUUUUACAUCGAAACAGCGAGUUUUGCCUUGUGGUCGUAGGCGAGUCGCAGCCACGCUCAACCUCUACGAUGGACUUGAACUUCAGCGUUGAUGUCAAGUGCGUGGAUACCACAAAGUAGUAUGAAGAUGUAAAUAAAAAUAUGUAAAUGGAUUGAAUAUUUUUCUAUGAAUAAAACAUGUCUAUUUCAUAAUAAAAAAA